UGACGACAUUGAUUCCGCCUCACCGAUGCUGUUCUUUGGUUCGAGUUGAGAUAGAGGAAUGCAGAAUGUUGUUGGUGAUUGUAGUCCGAUUGAUCUAAGUGAAUCAGUCUGUAUGCAAAGAGAAGUACCGAUGCAAACAAACAUUGAGCAGCGGUGCUUGCACUGUUCGAUUUCCCAUUGAUUUUGCUCCUUAUUCUUGCAGGUAACCAAGCUCACCUGAUGCAAGAUCUGGUUUCCCCAUGUGCAUAUGCAAGCAAACAACAAUCUAACUACAGGCCUUUGCAAGGGGUCGUUAUGCUGCAACCCAGUCGAGCCGAAAUUUACCCGUGUUUCGCCCCGCAAAGCUACCCCAUACCGGUACUUAACAUUGAUAUCUUCAGCCUUGACCAUGUACCCGACUACCAAUCGAAGUCGGCAUUUCCAAGUCAGGCAUUCAUCGGAACUGGGGAGUUCUGCGCUGCAUCGCUGGAGAAACAGGAGGGGAAACAGGAUCUCGUUCCUGAAUGGGCAAUCGUGAGCAAUUGCCCCAACACCACAUGCGAAAACUUGGACGGCUACCAAACGUCCUCGGCAACUUUUUUCUCGUCCCCUGUUCGUGCUCACAGGCAUCAACGAGCCCCCGAUUUACACGCCACAGCAAACGCGACCGGUCGGCGGUAUCCCAGCUUGCAUGUACUCCACCUUGCAGUGAAUGUGGGGAAUUCGGAUCAAGUAGCCACUCAAUCAACAUUGUCGAGCAUCAGACCUCGCAGCCUGCACGGCUUAAUAUCGAAGUACGGUUUUGCAACUUGCAGUAGGCGGAUAGCAGACUGUGGGCGGUUGACGGUCAUCCAUCAACCACAACCUAGCAGGUGGUUACCAAUCUACAUAUGCAGUACCUACAGGAAGGUGCAGUUAGACUUUUUUCCAUGCACUCUAAUCGUCUUGGCUUCCCAGGGUUGGGGCAACGGUCCUAACCGGGGACAGAGAACAAGAGGCGGGAACACAGCACUAUAUCUUGCGUCGUCUGGCCUUUGCAUAGCCACCGAACCAAGCAUGGCUAUCCUCAAGAAUCUCUCCCUUGGGUUGUUCGCCUCCGUUGCCGUUGCAGCCCCCCAUGGCUCCUACCGCCGCGCCGACAAUUCCACUGGUGGCCCUACCGUGAACAUCAAGAAUGGUACGGUAGAGGGUGUACACUCGGACCUGUAUGAUCAGGACUACUUCCUCGGUAUCCCAUUUGCGCAACCCCCCGUCGGUGCUCUGCGGUUCCGCACUCCCCAGUCUAUCAAUGCCUCAUGGUCUGAACCCUUGAGUGCAAAAGAGUACUCAGCCUCGUGUUUCGGAUAUGGGAGCGACAACUGGAACUACGCCAAGCAGUCGGAAGAUUGCUUAUAUCUGAACGUCAUCCGCCCCAGUGGUUACGAGAAUGAGAAGCUGCCAGUCGCCUUUUGGAUCCAUGGAGGUGGUCUUACUCAAGGAUCUGCUAUUGAUCAGCGGUACAACGCUAGCUUCAUGGUGCAGAGGAGUGUAGAUAUCGGGAAGCCUAUUAUGUUUGUCGGCAUCAACUACCGUCUAUCCAUGUGGGGAUUCAUUACUGGUGAAGAAGUUGAAGAGACCGGUAACGCCAACUUGGGAUUCCGAGACCAGCGACUGGCUAUGCACUGGGUUCAAGAAAACAUUGAGGCCUUCGGAGGUGACACUAAGAAGGUUACCAUUUUCGGUGAAAGCGCUGGAGCUUUGAGUACCGGAAUGCAUCUCGUGGCUUAUGGUGGUCGUGACGACAACCUUUUCCGUGGUGCUAUCAUGCAAUCAGGAAACCCCAUCAACUACGGAACCUGGUCUUAUGACAAAUCGCACUUUUUGGAAGCCGCGGCGGCUUUGGGUUGCGGAGACGCAACAUCGAAACUGGACUGCCUCCGUGCAAUCGACUCGCCUACGCUCAACACUUACAUCAAUGGAACUGGUCUGGGCCUGGACUGGAAGCCCAUAAUCGACAACGAUUAUAUCCAGGGCAAGACCUCUGAGCAGCUCGCAAAGGGUGAAUUCGUGCACGUAUCCAUCAUCGACGGCGCGAACAGCGACGAAGGAACUGCGUUUGGCCCCAAGCCCGUCAACACCGAAGAAGAUUUCCUGAACCUACUUACGUCUGGCGGCAGGUCGGCCGCCCUUACUGCUGAACAGGCCCAACAAGCUGUCGAAGCCUACCCAGCGGACCUGUCCACCUACGGUGUCGUUGUCCCCGCCAACCAACCCCUGGAUUGGGUGCCUCCCGUCACGUCCGGUAACGCGAGCAGGCGAUCAGAUGCAUACUUUGGAGACUUUUCCUUCAUUGCUUCUCGCCGCAAGACGUGCCAGACAUGGGCCGACAACGAUUUGGAUGCUUUCUGCUACCGAUUCAACGGCAUUCCCGCCGGCCUGCCCGACUUCAUCGGCGCCACCCACUUCCAGGAGGUGGCUUUCGUCUUCAACAACCAGCAGGGUGUUGGAUAUGCGCCUGCAGCCACCGAGCCUUUCCUCGGCAAGCCUGAGAGCUACUUGCAGCUUGCUGAGACGAUGAGCGCAUCGUGGGUCAGUUUUGUGCACGACCUGAACCCCGGCGAGUACUGGCCCAGGUACGCAAAAGAGGCUGCCGAGGACUGGGUGUUCGAUCCUGAGGUUGCCAACUUGGGCUAUGCGGAGACAGACGAUUGGAGAAAGGCGGGCAUCGAUCUGCUCAACUCUUGGGAUGCCGAGGUUUUUGGACGUUGA